AUGUGGGGAGCAACAUCCGCUUUCGCCGGAAAUAUUUUAACCAUUCUCUAUGAGUAUAUAUUUGCGAUCUUAUCACUGUUUCUCCAACAAACAUGUCAACAGUGUCAACAACAAUGCCAUGAUUUAUUUGCACUGUCUGGUCGACAGAAUGUAGUUGUUUCUCUGCUCUUGCUAACCGGUAAACAUAGUAGUCAAUGUUGA